CUCUAGGGCUAGGUAAAUUUAGAACAAUGAGCUGCUUGACUAGCUUCCCUCUUCGCUAUUUUCCCUUUUGGAAGUAUUACUCUAACAUUCUUUCUUCCGGUCGAUCGUUCAUCCCAUCACAUCCACCAGUCCCACGCAUGCACAACUCAACUUCCUCCAUAGCUUUGCGUUCCCUUACUCCCGCUGCCUUUUACUAGGUAUUGGAUCUGGAUCUGGCUUCGCGUAUCCAUACUUGUCAACUCCCGCUUUCCGCCUCGCUCCCGUCUCUGGUUCGGUUUCGUCGCCAUGCGCACGAGGAAGUCGACGCUCACAGAACAACAACGUGCCGCACACGGUAUCGUCAGCCCCCUGGACACGCAGAAUGUCAACACCAUACUUGAUGACUCUGCGUACUCUCCCGCCGGUAAUGACUACGCCGUAGCGCCGCGAACCAGAACCAGGCGCGCAAGUGAAGCUAUUCAUGGGCAUAAAGCAGCCCCAGAAUACCCGGAGACACCAGCACCUGUAUUAGCACCAGCGGCAGCAACGGCGUCAUCAUCAUCAUCAUCAUCAUCAUCAACAUCAACAUCAUCAACAUUAUCGUCAGCAGCAAGAAUAACGACAACAACGACUACAGCACCACCAUCAUCCGUCGAAGUAAUCUGCUCUCACUGUAAGAAUGGAGCCAUUGGAACCUUAAAAAAUUCAUGGAUCCGAAUGGCCGAUGAAUACUUCGAACUAACAGCACCGGGUUCAUGGACUCCAUCUUGGGGAUCGAAAAUACUCCAAAUCCAAGGAGACACAGAGUCGAUUGCAGGGCUCAACCACUACUCCAACUUCGAAGUCUACGCUUGCAACAAUCAGAACUGUAUAUCCUAUUCGACAGACGACCAGCACCUAUUCGUAACGUGUCUUCCUUUACAGCGCAAAAAAUACGGCCGUCGCCAGCGUUUCUUUAAACUUCGUGAUAUUAAGUUACAAUGCCCUGAUUCCGACGCAUCUGUAGAGCCCGUCAUCAUGGAGGAUCGCCGCCAGCACCAACUUUCCGAACCGAAAGCCCACUCGGUAGCAUCCAGGCGCGAAGCCACCAUGGAAUCCCUGCCCCUGCCAUCUACGAGGCCGGCGUCGCAGGCUCAAGACCAGAAGACUUCGCAAGAACAGCAUCCCCAAGGUCAUUCGCCACGAGAACGUUCUCAGCCGUAUCCAGCGGCACCUCCGCGUCCGCAUCCAAUGUCCAGCAGCGAUAUACAACAGUAUGAUGAAGCAUAUCACUCUCCUCAUCAACGUUAUCGGGAAGUACCACUGUCAAACGGGCAUCAACAAAGUAAUGGACUACCCGUAGGACAAGCAUGUCCAGUAACCCAAAAUCAGUAUGCUAUUCUCAUGGAUGCCAACAACCGAAUUCAGAGUCAGACCAACAUGAACAUGGCUGCAUUAGAUCAACAGCGUAGAGACGUGCAAAAGUUGCAGAGGCAGCAAGAAAACUGGUCUCACGACGUGCAACGCAUAGACGCAGCCAUCUCUAGGUUUGCUGAAGAAUUUCGCAUUAUGCAGGAAGUGCUCGAUCAAACACGAGCUGAAUUGCGUCAUAGACCCAUACACGCUCCGGCAGCGGUAACAUCAGCACCGGCAACGUCACUAGAUGCUACCACCAUCGAGCUGUUCGCGAGAAGUCUAGAGCAGAUGAGGCCCAAACUGGGCGAAAUUGAGGAUAUGAAGAUUCAGAUGCAGAUCAUGAAGGAACGAGUCGCGCGGUUGGACAAAUCUGCAUCAGCAGGACUACCACCGAAGCCCGAACCCCUGGCACAUAGUGCUUCUUCACCACAGUACGUUCCAGCUCGUGAAGCUGUUGGUCAUGGGCUAGCAAGAGAUGUCUACCACCCCGUACAGCCCAUUCCUAGAGUACACACACCAGGCUCCAGACCUGAGGUUCGCCAGGAAUCUCGUCCAAUACCAAGUUCAGCUCCAGCACCUACAGGCCCUUCUCGCGACUCUCCACGCUCCCAUAAUCUGUUGCCACACCAGCAGCAGCAUUCACAAUCCCAUCACCAACAUCAGCCACGAGAAAACAACCGCGAGCAACCUCAUUCGCGUGUGUAUUCACAUUCCAACCAACACUCUCAAUCCAGCUCACAUCCGCAUCCAAAUGGUCAUGCCCACCCACACUCGCACUCAAAUCAACCUCAUCAGCAAGCGCAGCCCACAUCACAGCAUACAUCUCAGGCAGCUCACCCACUGCACCGGUCACAGUCAGCACAUAGCCAUAGCCAUCUACAGCCAUCAACGCGACAGUCGAUGCAUGGACAAGCGCACACACAAGCAACAGUCGUACCAGCCCCGCAGGCUCCAUCAUCUCAUCACCAUACUGAAUCAACACAUAUACAUAAUCGUCCACCACCCCCAACAUCACAGACGCAGCUCCACACACAUGUACAAUCGCAUUCGCAGCUGUCCCCCCAGUCAGGUCCUCGUGAACAUGUCCCAUUGCUUCCACCGAUGCAAUCACAUGAACGAGUGGGUCCACCACCACAAUCUACUAAUCACGAGCAAUCACAAUCACAACCACAUCCUCCCCAACUUCAAGCUCACGGUUAUGGUCAUGUUUCGAGUGCCGAGCCGCUACGCAGAACUGAGUCCGAAAAUUCACGAUCUGUGGGAAGUCAAGCUGCCCAAGCAAGUGGAUGGGUCACCGUAAAUCCUAGCGCAAAGCGGGGUCUUUCAACUGGAUCUGAAGGGCGUACAGAGUUCCCAGGUCAUAGCCACUCACCAAAACGACCAAAGCUAGCUACCCUGGAGCCACGCAGUGAAAGCCGCGAAUCUCGCUCUCAUGGUCACUUUGACAGAAUGGAAGGAGAUCAAUCAGGUAUGCGGGGUCAUGCACAUAAUUCAUAUGGAGAAUCUACGCCAGCCCGUUUCAUCGCAUAUCAGUCCACACAAGAGCAUCCCGGAGAAGAUCGAUGGCGACCAGACUCACAUCGGACUGCGCUUCCCGAACACGACAUGCAUGCGGGCUUUAGACGUGGCGGAGGGCGUGGACGAGGUCGGAAGAGUCUUCCAUCUGAAUUCAACACACCUGGUCAUCAAUGGGAAAACAUUGAAGGGCCGGGUGGCCCAGUUGGGCCUUUCGGAUACUACAACAGCGUAUCACCAGACACCAAGAGUACUGCUUUGUCCGUGCGUCGUGACUCCAAUGGCAAUGUCAUACCGGUAGCAGGCCACGUAUCCAUGGAUGCUUCGCGAAUGCAGGACCCGUACGCACACACGAAAAAGACAAGGACCAAGCCUGUUCGCAACUCUGACGGCAUACUUAUUCGCAAAGAUGGCAGGCCAGACAUGCGAUCACAAAGCAGUGCGGCGAACUUGCGUAAAGUUCAUGCCAGAAAGGAACAGGAGAGGGCCGAAGAAUCUGUAGGAGAUUCUCCCCCUUCAGGUCUGGCGUACAAUACGACGCACACACCGGGUUCACCAAGCCCGAUGCCCGCGUCAGAAGGAGUGGAUCCCCACGCCCAUGAGCGGCACUCUCAGAUAAUGGAAAAAGUGUUCCCCAACGGUCACAGAGGAAGCAGUCAAGGUGCCGACAGGUACUUCCAGCAAAAUGGAUCACCUCAUAAACUUACCAGUGUAAACGGCGUGAAAGCAGAACCUAGUGCCAGUGAGACAGCAAGCCCACCUCGACCAAUUGACGCUAAAUCGCCUGCGAGACAGCUGGCAGAGAUCUGUGAGGACGAACAAGAUACAUCAAGGAACAAUGCCUCAGCAAAGAGUGCAGAGUCUUCCCAGGAGCGCGAACAGGAUAAGACUGUAUCAGGCGACGGACCGCUCCCAGUAACGCCAGAAAAAGUUUCAGAUGAACCGCCGGCAUCUCUGCCAACCCCUAUUGCGGAGCCUAUGAUGAGCAGCGAGCCUCUAGAAGUCGCCGCAUCGGCUUAGCACCACCGCUCAGCGCUGUAUAGUUUCCUUGGUUGAAUUUUGUAUUUUUUACCCUGGUUUAGUAGCGGUUUCCCACGAAGCAUAAUAUACCCCCGGCGUACUGGAUAUUGUAUCUGUUAUAUAUAUCCUUGUCGCACUUUCGAUGGACAGCGAGGCAGUAAAAUUCUUUUAAGCUAGAUGCUAUGAGGCACGAGGGUAUAUAAAUCAAUUGGGGAGAACUUCUUGGACAUCUUCAAGAUUCGAAGUCUGAAGCGCAAAUAUCUAGACAACCUGAGGCAAAUAGAUAGACUGGUU